GCAAGCCAGCCAGCAGCAAACCGAAAUUUGCGCUUGCUUGUCGUUCUUCGUUCGCCCGUCGGAUCCUCAACAUUCUUGUGAUCUAGAAAGGAUUUUUGCAAAUCAAUGUGCCAGUUUUCUUCAACCAGUCGUUAAAAAAUUGUGAAGGUUUUUUGUGUUUUGACUAUUAUCUAGUGUUUGUGCGAAUAAUUCUAUGUGAUCAUUGAAUAUUUCCGGUUUUUCAUUCUCCCGGUGAGAUUCCUCCAUUUCCAUCAUUAUCCUGUGUGGUAGUGGCUUGAAAAAUUGGCAGCGAAAUUUCAGUCAAACUAUAGAUACACAAUUCCUUGAAGGAGACGACGGACAGUCGCAGGAUCAUUGUUCCUAAAAAAUGAGAAAAACGCGGCAAGCCGCAGAAUUUACGGAACUGAAGGACUUAGUACAUCAGCUUCGUGUAUCUGAUCUGCAGCAACUACUUGGAGAAAACAAUAUCAGCCGAAGUGGGCGUAAAAGUGAACUGAUUGAACGUGUGUUGAUCUUAGUCCGACAAAAUAUUUCAGUUCUUAAGUACAAAGUACGAGACCUUCACAAAAAAGCACAAGAAGAGACAGAACUGCUGAAACAAGCAGCAGAAACCCCGGUGAUAACUACUCAGCCCAUACAACAACCUCCACCGCCUGUUCUUCCACCUGAGCCGCCUGUAAUCUCGCGCGUACCGUCGGGAAUGUAUCAACAACAGUAUGCAAAUGCAGUGCAGAAUGAUAACCGUGGCGGGCAGGUUCACGCAAACGGAAUCGUUCCCAUUCCAUAUCCAGAAGCAACCCCGAAUCCGGGCUAUCCAAUACAUCCGGAUGUAAAGCUAAAGAAGCUGGCAUUUUUCGAUGUUCUGGCAACGUUGCUAAAGCCGGCAACACUUGUGCCGAGCAAUACCACGCAGCGUAUCCAGGAGGGCUCAUUCUUCUUCCACUUGACUCCUCAGCAAGCAACUGAUAUCGCAACGAACAGGGAUAUCCGAAAUGUUAACAAAAUCGAACACACCAUUCAGGUUCAGUUGCGGUUUUGCCUGCUGGAGACUUCGUGCGAGCAGGAAGACUAUUUCCCCCCUAAUAUUGUUGUGAAGGUGAACAACAAACUGUGCCCGCUUCCGAAUCCUAUCCCAACGAACAAGCCUGGAGUUGAACCAAAGCGUCCUCCACGACCUGUAAACAUAACACCUAAUGUGAAGCUCUCGCCUCUCGUUGCAAAUCACAUUGCGGUGUCCUGGUGCACCGAGUACAAUAGAGGCUAUGCGGCGGCAUGUUAUCUGGUUCGUAAACUAACUUCUUCUCAACUUCUGCAACGCAUGAAGACAAAGGGAGUCAAACCGGCAGAUUACACACGGGCUCUGAUCAAAGAAAAGCUGAAUGAAGAUGCGGACUGUGAGAUUGCAACAACAAUGUUGAAAGUCUCUCUGGUUUGUCCGUUGGGAAAGAUGCGCAUGGCGACUCCUUGCAGAUCAUCGACAUGCUCGCAUUUGCAGUGCUUUGAUGCGUCACUGUAUCUGCAGAUGAACGAGCGCAAGCCAACCUGGAACUGCCCGGUCUGCGAUAAGGCGGCCAUCUAUGACAAUCUUGUUAUCGAUGGAUAUUUCCAAGAAGUACUCGCAUCUAACAAGUUGUCUAGCGAAGAUAAUGAAAUUCAGCUACAUAAAGAUGGAUCGUGGAGUACUCACGUUAAAAGCAACGAUUCGUGCACUUUGGAUACACCCAGCAAACCGGUUCAAAAAGUGGAGGUUGUUUCGGAUGAUAUUGAGAUAAUCACAACGGACCCUCCAAAAUCCAGUAUCAAUCAAGCCAGCGUUAUUUCCAGUAGUGAACCUUCUUCGACUACAGCUCCAUCCAGUGACACGGUGGAUCUAACGCUCAGCGAUUCCGACGAUGAUCUCCCGUUGAAGCGCAAAACAGUAACACGUACUGCUGCAGGUCCAGGGCAGGGUGGCACCAAUGUAACCACCUCGAGUGCUACCACUGCCGCUAGUGCAACAAGUUCUGCUAUGACUGUUGCUACAGCUACUGCUUCGGCGGUAUCUAAACCAAAAAUGAAUGAAGAUGCAUCGCAAUCUGUAAUAUCUCUAGAUUCUCCGUCUCCACCAUCGACGCCAAACCCACCAGCGUACAAUAGCGGGGUUUCAGCGAUGUCAAAUAAUGUUUCAUCUACCACUGCUAGUACGCCAACCAUUCCAUACCAGUUGCCGAUAAGUCCACUAGAACAAGCUAGCAAUUUACCACUCAAUCCACUUGCACUUAACAGUUUCUAUGAUUAUUUUUCCAAGAUAUGAACCAGCUGCGGAAGAUUUGCAAUCUUACAUAUACAAUCGGCUAAUUAACGAUGCGCAAGAACUUUCCUACCUAACCAGUCAAUGGAGUAUGCAAGGUUUUAUACACGGUGCAACAAAUGGCGACGAUAUGCACAAUUUGCAGCGGUAGAGUAGCGCAUGAGAGUGGACAAAAUUUUGCUGCACCAUCAGCUCUACAUAUUUUACGUGUAGAACAAGGAGCGUACAUUACAAUAGUUUUACAUUAGUUGCGUAAGCAUAAGAUGAAACAAUAGUUUUUUUUUCAUAAACGAAAUGGAACGCUAUUUGCAUUUUGUAUAUGGCACUUAUCAUGUACACAUUAAGUUAUUAAACUCGUAUAUUUGGAGUGUUUACAUGAAUGAAAAUAUUUAAACGAGUUUUCAGAAUGAUUAUAUACAAAUCAACUGUAAUAAAGGCAACAAAUAUAUAUAAAA